AUGGUGGUAUCUGCCGACCUUUUGUCCGGCGAGAGGGCAGAGAUGAACAUCCUAGAAAUCAACAAGGAAUUGCGCUCCCAGCUGGCAGAGAGCAAUCAGCAGUUCCGAGACCUCAAAGAGAAAUUCCUUAUAACUCAAGCUACUGCCUACUCCCUGGCCAACCAGCUGAAGAAAUACAGUAAGUUCUGUAGAUUCACCAUCACGAAAGUGAUGAAUGACCACCUGUCUUCUCUCUGAGAAACUGAACGGUCUCUUUAUCAAAUAUCUCACCUUAGGCAAUAUAAAGCCCUGGUUCACUCUCAGGCACGAGAGCUGACCCAGUUACGGGAGAAGUUACAGGAAGGGAGAGAUGCCUCCCGCUCACUGAAUCAGCAUUUCAAGGCCCUCCUCGCUCCUGAUGACCCUGAAAAGUCCCAGGGUCAGGACCUCCGAGAGCAGCUGGCUGAGGGGCGCAGGCUGGCAGAGCACCUUGUUCACAAGCUGAGCCCAGAUGAGGAUGAAGAUGAGAUGGAUGAGGAGGUUGAGAAAGUACAGGAAUCACCUGCCCCCAGGGAGGUGCAGAAGGCUGAAGGAAAGGAAGUCCCUCAGAAUUCACUGGAGGAAUGUGCUGUCACUUGUCCAAAUAGUCACAACCCUUCUAACUCCAACCAGCCUCACAGGAGCACCAAAAUCACAUUUGAGGAAAACAAAGUUGACUCUGCUCUGGUUGUAGAGAGUGAACGCUUUCAUGAUGAAGAGGAGGAAGCUCUAACCAUUCUCCCAGAAAAUCAAAAUGAUCAUGAGGAAGAGGAGGGGAAAGCACCAGUGCCCCCCAGACAGCAUGACAUGUCCAACUAUUACCUGCAUAGUGAAGUCUCUUUCCUGGCACUGGAGGAAGAGAAAGUUUGCUCCACUCAGGAUGUUGCCAAGGAUGACUCCAAUUCCAAAUGGGAUGAGACCUCACUUGGCUUCCUAGAACAGCGAAAUGAUCUUGAAGAGGUGAAAGGACAAGAAACAAUUGAUCCCAGGCUCAGCAGGGGACUGCUGAGGGUGGACAAGCAUGAAGUCCCCCAGGAGUCACUGGAUGGAUGUUGCUUGACUCCUUCCAUCCUUCCUGAACUACCUCACUCCUACCGCCCUUAUGGGAGCACUUUGUACUAUUUUGAAGAACAGCAAGUCAGCUUGGCUCUUGUAGACGAAAUUCAAAAGGAUCAAGAGGAGGUAGAAGAUCAAGACCCGCCGUGCCCCAGGCUCAGCCAGGAGCUGCCAGAGGUGAAGGAGCAGGAAAUCCCAGAGAACUCCGUGAAUGAAGUUUACUUGACUCCCUCAGUUCACCAUGACCUAUCUGACUGCCAUCAGCCUUAUAGCAGCACAUUGUACUCAUUGGAGGAUCAGUUUGCCUGCUCUGCUCUGGAUGGAGCCUCUCACACCCUGGCAGACUGUCCCCAAGGGACUUGGAGUGGAGACUUGAGCCACCACCUGUCAGAGGUGCAGGCUUCACAGGCACAGCUGGAGCCAAGCACCCUGGCGCCCAAUUGUCUGAGACCACAGCUGGAUCAAGGGUUCUACUAUGGAAAUGACUUGGCCAGGCGGGGCCUUUCCUCCACCACCUGCAGCUUCGCAGCCAAUGCUGAUUCUGGGAACGAAUGGCCCUUCCAAGAGCUGGUUUUAGAGCCCUCCCUGGGAAUGAAGAACCCUCCCGAGCUGGAAGCUGAUGCACUUGAAGGCUCAGCAGACAACACACAAGGGCGUCAAGUCAUUGGCCAGAUUCAUGCCUCCAGUGUCCUGAAACCGAAGAUCAUCAAAAGAAAACUCCCGCUCAGCAAGUGGAGACUGGCAUGCAGAUUCCUUGGCCUGCAAGCUUAG